AUGCCACUGCAGCGUCACUUGUCGACCGCGGUAGUACCGAUAGGCACGUUGGAUGGCAGUCGUGGCACGGUUUUCGAUGAAUCGUUUGCGCACAGCGGCAUCGAAUGCGUCAGCUGCGCGCUUUGCUUCCACUUGACGCCGGAUGUACACACGCAACAUGUACACUCGGAGGUAACGGACAAGGACGCAGACGGCGGCGACUUGUCGGAUAGCGAAAUCGAGCGCUGCUUGACGUACUCGGGCUGCUUCGAGCGCCGCGGCUUGGAUUGCUCUCACACGUCUUUGGAUGCGACGAGCGCACUGCGCGCGAAAGUUGAGCCGCGUCCACAGCAAUCGCCGUCGCAGUUCAUGCUCUCGAUAACGCUGCAAGCACAUCCGCAUCCAGGCGAUCACUUUACAUGCAGCUUGUUGGACAGCGCGGCGGCGGGCAAGGAAACCACCCAUGUCGAAUGGUUUCGACUCGAGGCCACUCGACCCCACUUGACAUCGAGGGUGGGUCGCUGCCACAGCGACAAGACAUGCCUUGGUGACAUUGGGACACCCUUUUACUGUCAGAGUCGUCAAUCGUGGGCAAGUGGCCUCGGGCUCCAGACAUCGCACGCCGUCGUCAGACAAGGAAAUAUUGCCAGCAACAUUCAGAUGCUCCAAAUUCCGGCACCACCGCGCCAAGUCGACGACAAAAUCGUUGGUGAGUUGGUCGCAGUGCUCGACGUUGAGGUUCUUCAGUUGCGGCGUGACUCGAAGAACGCUUUGCAGGGACGCCGUGGUGAAUUGCCGACUGCGAGAUAG